AUUUUCUUUCGCUGCCUGUCAAGACCGCCGGCGAAGAAUAUUGUUUAUAACACAGUGAAUAUUAAAUACUCUACAAACAAAACCAUUCAAAAUAAACCACAAAUUUAAUAAUACUAAUACAAAAUUAGUAACUCAAUCAAAUGUGAAUAUAGUAUUAAGUGAAACAUAGAAGCACAAAGAAAAAUCACGGAUAUACGUAGGUGUGAUUAAAAUUGACUCUUAUAGAUUUUAAAACAAAAGCUAUCAUCUAUUAAAAUAACUAACAUGCGCACAUUUUGUUUUGAACUGAUUAAAUCAAUUGUAAUUUAGGAUUGUAACUGUAAACAAAUAACAAGAGUGAUUGUAAAGAAAUAAAGGAUGUAGGUAAAUGUGAGAGUGGUGAUACAUUUGGCAAAAUGAAUGAGACGCUAGCGGGGUACGCCCGGAUCGAGGCGAUCCGUGCGGCGCGCGGCGAGCUGUCUUCGAUGCCGGACCCGGGGGCGCCGCCGCCGGACCGGUACAACUCCGUCUACCUCACGCUGUUCGUGGCAGGAGCUGCAUUCUUACUGCCAUUCAAUAGUUUCAUCAUGGCGGUCGACUACUUCCAGAUGCACUACCCGAACACGACGAUAAUGUUCGACAUGUCGACUGUGUACAUAGCUUCAGCGUGCGUCGCUGUCUGUCUCAACAAUCUCCUGCUCGAUCUGUUUACUUACAACACUAGGAUCACUUUCGGAAUCCUAGUCUCCCUGGCGACGAUGUUAUUCGUAGCUGUGUGCAACAUUGGCUGGGACGGGUUCUCAACGCGGGUGUCCUACACCAUCAACCUGGUUGCCAUCGGAGUGGUUGCUUUCGGGUGUACCGUGCAGCAAGCCUCGUAUUACGGCUUCACUGGUUGUCUGCCGCCGAGGUACACCCAGGCUGUGAUGGCGGGCGAGAGUAAGUGCUGCUGGUUUUGGGUGUCCUUAGACCGGAUUGUCACCAAGUACGGUUUCCGUCAGCCGCAAAGAAGCACAUUCAUGUUCUUCGUAUUCUCCAUACUGAUCUUGCUGGGACAUUCCAUGUUGCAUCACGUAAUGAUGCGCAUCCUCGUGCAACAUUACUUGCGCCUCACUAAUGAAUCACGCCACAGGAGGCGUAUUCAGCUUCACUUGAAUCCUAACGAAGAUGCUACCUUGAUGGAAAGCGAAGCUGGUGAAGCUAGUUACGGCGUUUUAAAACUUCAAAGUCCUGUUCUCUCGACAACUGGACAAGGAGAAAUCGAGAGCAAUGCCUUUAGCUUCGCCAACCCAGUGUAUUCGCCGACAGCUGUCGCGCCAGUGCCGGCAGAGGGCGCGGUAGAGCAGUUCCCUGAAAGCGUGGCGUCAGAGACCUCCUCCACUCUGCGCACCCCAAGACCUUCCUAUAAAGUGGAAGACGUGGUCUUUGAGUCGCCUGAAAGACCCACCUCCUGGAGAGCCUUCAAACGUGGGGUGUUGGCUCGGUGGGCAGUGGCCCGAGCGAUCUACCCGUACAUGGUGUCAAUCGGACUGGUGUACUUCACCACGUUGAGUCUGUACCCUGGCAUCGCCUCCGAGGUGCCCUCCUGCCGGCUUGGCACCUGGAUGCCUAUUAUACUCAUGUCUGCCUUUAAUCUUUUCGAUUUUAUUGGAAAAAUAGCGGCAGCAUGGCCAUAUGAAUGGAGUCGCAGUCAGCUGCUGAUGGCGAGCGGGCUGCGGUUGCUGUUAGUGCCGCUCAUGCUGCUGUGCGCUGCGCCCAGACAUUCGCCUCACAUCGUUGGAGACGUGUACCCUAUAUUAUUUUCCGUGGUGCUUGGCUUCUCAAAUGGCCUGUUUGGCUCGGUACCUAUGAUACUAGCGCCAUCUCGCGUUGGACGGGAACAUCGUGAGAUUGCUGGUAACAUGAUGACACUUUCAUACAACGGCGGGCUGCUAUCGGGCUCGCUGGUAUCGUACUUACUGGGCAUGCUGGGAGCGCCGGCGGGCGCGCCGUGCCGCGUGUACCCCACGCCGCCGCUGCCCACGCUGCCGCCCGCCACGCCACCCAACGUCACCUAUGCCGUCACCGCGUCGCACUAGACUAAGAAGGAAAGAUGACCGAGAUGAUGAUGGACAUGCCAUAAGGCAGGUAGGUCAGGCGCCUUCUUGUAGGUCAAGAAACUUAGGUAUGAGUGUCCAAAACGAUCAUUUAUUAGAACUAUCCUCAUUCAGAGACAUUUAAUGAUUACUAAGUAACUCCUUAUGAUGGAUUGUCAAGGAAAUCCUUCACUAAGGAAUGGCUUUAGUAACCAUUAAAUGUCUCUGAGAGGGAUAAGAGGCUUUCGCCGUUCGGGUUCCUUGGCGUAUGAGGGCGGAGCGAGUAACUUUCCUCGAUCCCCGAACACCCGCGUUUAACGCGCUAAUUUCUUAGAAAUUUUGCGUUAUGACAUCUCCUCUAGUCAUUUGGUUCUCCAUGGCCCUAUGUGUGAGAUCUGAAUACUCGCUCGUCGUGAGCACGCUAUUGUCCUAUGACGAUUGAUCGCAUCUAGUA